AUGGGAGGGAUCUGGGAUGAGAGCUUUAUAAAUAGGAGUGAGAGAAGAAACCCACUGCUAAGUAGCACCACUAGUAGUAGAAGAAGACUGCCCGCCGGCGGAGGCUGCAGGAAGAACCGGAGAGGCAAGUCGUUCAGGAUAUUGACCGAUCGCCUUGCCUCCAAGGGUUUGGCCAGUGAUCCUGACCCUGACCCUCGUGGAAGUGCCUUGGCUGACUCCGCCACUACCUCUUCUGGGCUACACGAUGCUUCCGCUUCCAAUAUUGAUCUUGCUCUUGUUUAUGCCAACUUCCUAAACCAGAAGCCGGAGCCAAAGUCAACAGGGUUUGAAAUGCCAGAAUUGCCUUGUGAAUUCCAUCCAUCUUUCCAGCUUUCAUCAACUCUUUCAACGUCGAACACCAGCCUGGAUUCAUCACAUAUUCAAUUACCGCCGGACACUCAUUUGAGUGAGGAUAACCAGGUCUAUCUUAGUGGCUUCCACCCUAUUCACACCCAUCAUGACCAUGACUCUGCCAAUAUUUAUGGGCUGCCACCACUGCCAGGCCAAGAGGUUGCUCCUCUGGAGAUGUUGUGGCCCAUUUCUCAAGCCAUGGUUCAGAAUCAGACCUUGCACGAGACACAAUUGCCAGCUCUGCACCCAGAAGCUGCUCAACAUCCAAAUCAUGUAGCUGUCACUGCUGGUAACUGGAGCCCAUUUGAUUUGUCAUGCUACGAAACCUUCUCUCGGCCUUGA